AUGCUUCAAUGCUCCGUUUUCGUACUUACGCUGUUAUGUCUCUCAGUAAAAGAUAUAACAGGUAGUUGGGAGGAAUGGUGGACCUACGAUGGAAUAUCAGGUCCGGGAUUCUGGGGAUUGAUCAACCCCCAAUGGAGCAUGUGCAACAAGGGGCGACGUCAGAGUCCAGUGAAUGUUGAACCCGAGAAACUACUGUUUGAUCCCUGGUUGAGGGACAUACAGUUCGACAAACAUAAGGUGAGCGGCGUCCUCCAGAACACUGGGCAAUCAUUGGUCUUCAGAGUGGACAAGGACUCUAAACACCAAGUGAACAUAAGCGGAGGACCACUUUCGUAUCGAUACCAAUUCGAAGAGAUCUACUUUCACUAUGGCCUGGAAGAUCAUCGGGGGUCAGAGCACCAGAUCGACCACCACACAUUUCCAGGGGAGAUCCAACUGUACGGUUUCAAUAAGGAACUGUACCAUAACAUGUCAGAAGCGCAACAUAAAUCACAAGGAGUCGUCGGAAUUUCCCUUAUGGUUCAAAUUGGCGAUCCAACGAAUAAAGAUCUGAGAUUGAUUACCAGCGCCUUCAAUAAUGUUCGAUUCAGGGGGAGCUCUUUCCCCAUUAAACAUUUGCCGCUGAGCUCGCUGUUGCCAGACACUCAGCAGUACCUCACCUACGAAGGUUCAACAACUCAUCCUGGAUGCUGGGAAACCGCCGUCUGGAUCAUUUUCAACAAACCAAUUUACAUCUCCAAACAGGAGAUGUACGCUAUCCGUCGGCUGAUGCAGGGCUCGCAAAUAUCUCCAAAGGCCCCGCUGGGUAAUAACGCGAGGCCCGUGCAACCCCUACACCACCGUACCGUCAGGACCAAUAUCAACUUCAACAGACAAGGAGUUCCGGUGUCGAGCAACUGUCCCGAUAUGUACCGGAACAUGCAUUAUACCGCUACACAAUGGCCCCGCGAACACAGCAUGCGAUACAGAAGCGCUGAUGACCUGUCUAUGCUGUCGCCUAAU